GUGAAGAAUACCUUCUCCGGUCAUCAACUUUCAAGAAACAUGCGCAUUGAAGUGCAAGUAGCCCUAAACUUCCUGAUUUCUUUUCUUUACAACAAACUACCACGAAGACGGGUCAAUCAGUACGCUGAGGAACUAGAAAAGGCGUUACGACAGAAGUUUGCUGGUCACUGGUAUCCAGAAAGGCCAUUGAAAGGCUCUGGAUACCGUUGUUUGAAGACCACCAUCCCUCUAGACCCGGUGUUCGGUGUUGCUGCUGCCCUCUGUAGCGUGGAUCUAGAUGACAUUCAGGCGAACUUACCAAAGGAUCUCAGUAUUUGGAUCGAUCCAGGAGAGGUGUCGUACCGCCUGGGAGAAAAGGGGUUAGUUAAAGGGUUGUACGACAAAGUAAACGGUUGUAAAGAACCUUCCACUUGCAACUUUCCAGGCGCUUUUAACCCUGAUGCUCAAUGCUUCAAACCUCUGGACAACGUUACGUCCAAUUUGAUCCAGAUCUCUCUAAGUCAUUCACCGUCUUCCUCACUAACCUCCGACCUAACCUCGACGUAUGUACCAAACAACAGUUUUCCUCCCAAUUCAAUGGCGCCUCUAACUUUUACAACCGCCACUUUUGCACAAACUAAGUUUGGCUCUACAAAACUUAAACACCUGACUAAGAAAUGUCAUUCAACGGAACUCGGCAGCCAUAUUAAUCAACGGACGACAGGACAACAGACCUUCAUAUCUCAGCAUCGACGUCAACUACCUUCCAUGUCUAAUCCCUCCCCAAUUCCAGAAGCCACCGCCAAUAUAUUUGGCUCGUCUAUAGGACCCUCCAUACACCCUGUACAACAAACUUUGUCUUCCAAAACCCAAAACCAUCUAGACACCAGAUUAUUCAUGAGGGCACCAACCCAGCAACCACGGUUUCCAAUGUCCACUGUAAACAUCCAUGACAGUUUGCCCAUUGCAAGCACACAGGGCUUGAAUGUAUACGAUAAAAAUAACUUUGAUGGGCUAGUGGGCGAUCUGGACUCUACAAAAAACAUUACCAACUUGACCACGUCAGGCUCAAUCCUGAAAGUUGACACGUCGUUGGAACAACUAUCCCAAUGUCAAGUGAGCAACCAGUUUCCAGCCUUCUUUGAUAAGUCAGCUAUUUCGAAUAUUGGAAAGGUUUCAACAACUCAAACGUUUUCCAGUAUUUCCGGACUUGGAGAAGUAAAUUUCGAAGUACGUGGCUGGGAUUCAUCAUCAACAUUUACAUCAGGUGGCGCCACGUAUCCUAACUAUUACCCUCAUCUUUUGAGUGCCAGUUGAGACAAGAUGGUCGCUUGUUGAGAUUUAUACAUGUUACGAUUAAUUCCGUGUUUAUACUCUUGAAAGCAGAUGUCACGUGAUAAUACCUUAUUUCUAACUACAAUAAGUUGCCAAAACAAAAACGUUAUUCGUGUGUUUUAUACAAUAUUUUGCAUUACCAAAACGCUUUUCACAGAAUAACGGACAUCAGAAAUAUGUCUCGGUAAAUAAAGUUUUGUUUCAAAAACCGAAGAGACGAAAAAUCUUUUACUG